GAAGGCAAGGGCUCAUCGACAUUUCUGGCAGCGGCUACCAUGCCUUAGAGGGCUGGCGUCCCUCCGCAGCUCCUCCGAGACCAGUCCCGCUCCGGCGUGGACUUUUGUCCCACGCACUCACUCCUCCACCCGCGGGGGAGGCGGGGUGUGUAUGUGUGUGUGUGUGUGUGUGUGUGUGUGUGUGUGUGUGUGUGUGUGUGUGUGUGGUGGCGGCAAUUCAGGCAAUUUCACUGAUUUUUUUUUUUUUUUUUUUUUUUCAAACAAGCAGGGGAUAGCGCAUUCAGUCCUCCCGAGGCGGGGCUGGUACUUUUGUUCUGAUGCUCUCGUUUCCUCGGGGAACGGAAUUGCUAGACGCAUGGGUGCGCUGUCUUUAGUCUUCCCCGCUCCCUCCGAGGGCCGGCAGGGGUUAAAUCUCAGGCUCCGGCUCCGCGGGAGAGGAGGUGAGGCCGGGAGGUCCGAGGCGAGGGCGUGCCGUCGGGGUGUCUGAGGUGCGGAUGGAGGGGAUCGUUUCCUUUCCGCGGGAGCCGCUUUGUUAGCGAGGAGGGUUAUAGAUAUUCAGUAUGUUUCCGCUGACUGAGGAAAACAAGCAUGUGGCCCAGUUGUUGUUCAAUACUGGUACAUGUCCAAGAUGUAUCUUCAGAUUCUGUGGUGUGGAUUUUCAUGCACCUUACAAACUUUCCUACAAGGAGUUGCUCAAUGAACUACAGAAAUUUCUGAAAACUGAAAAAGGUGAAUUAAUUUUGGAAGCUUCAAACCCACCUCCCAAGAAAAUUCGACUCCAUGAACUGGAAGAUGGGAUUGAUGGGACUGAUAAUCGGAGUCAAAAUGGAGAGGGAAGGGUGUCUGUUGUUGAAGACGGAAGCAUUGCUUCUAAGAACUCCAAUCCAAAUGUAUGCAAUGUAUGCCUAGGAAUUCUUCAAGAAUUCUGUGAAAAAGAGUUCAUUAAAAAGGUGUGUCAAAAGGUAGAGGCCUCUGGAUUUGAAUUCACUAACUUAGUGUUUUCAGUCUCCUUCCCACCACAGCUAUCAGUAAGAGAGCAUGCUGCAUGGUUGCUGGUAAAACAGGAAAUGGGAAAGCAGAGUCUGUCACUGGGAAGAAAUGACAUAGUUCAGCUAAAAGAAGCCUACAAAUGGAUAACUCACCCCCUGUUUUCAGAGGAACUGGGUGUUCCCAUUGAUGGAAAGAGCUUGUUUGAAGUGAGUGUGGUCUUUGCUCACCCAGAAACAGUGGAGGAUUGCCACUUCCUACGUGCAAUAUGCCCGGAUUGCUUCAAGCCAGCCAAAAACAAACAGUCAGUGUUCACUAGAAUGGCAGUUAUGAAAGCUUUGAAUAAGAUAAAAGAAGAGGAUUUCUGCAAGCAGUUCCCUUGUCCUCCAAACUCACCAAAGGCCGUAUGCACUGUUCUUGAAAUGGAAUGUGCUCAUGGUGCUGUCUUCGUGGCUGGGAGAUAUAAUAAAUACUCCAGGAAUCUGCCACAAACUCCUUGGAUAAUUGACGGAGAAAGAAAGCUGGAAUCUUCAGUGGAAGAGUUAAUUUCAGAUCAUCUUCUGACGGUAUUCAAAGCAGAGAGUUUUAAUUUUUCAUCCUCUGGAAGAGAAGAUGUAGAUGUGAGGACAUUAGGAAAUGGAAGGCCCUUUGCAAUCGAGCUGGUGAAUCCUCACCGAGUGCGCUUCACGGCACAGGAAAUGAAGGCGCUUCAGCAGAAAAUUAACAGCUCGUCCAACAAAAUCCAAGUCCGUGACUUGCAGCUGGUCACAAGAGAGGCAAUAGGACAUAUGAAAGAAGGUGAAGAAGAAAAGACCAAGACCUAUAGUGCCUUAAUAUGGACAAACAAAGCCAUACGGAAGGAAGACAUUGAAUUUCUAAAUGACAUGAAGGACUUAAAGAUCGACCAGAAGACACCGCUGCGGGUCCUGCACCGGAGGCCCCUGGCCGUACGAAGCCGCACCAUUCACGCCAUGGAGGCGUGCUAUGUGGAUGCGCAUCAUUUCCGCCUCCAGCUGAAGACUCAGGCGGGGACCUACAUUAAAGAGUUUGUACAUGGAGACUUUGGGAGAACCAAGCCGAACCUGGGAUCCCUGAUGAAUGUGACUGCAGACAUUCUUGAGCUGGACGUUGAGUCUGUAGAUGUUGACUGGCCCCCUCCUCUGGACGACUAGCUUUCAAGUUUGGAAACGAAGCAGGGUUCUCGUGGUCCGACAUGGACAUCCAUUCCGCAUAUAUUGUACAACGGCUGUUUACCCACCAUAAGGGUGUCUUGGCAACUGUUUGGAUCAUGUUGAUCUAUUUAUUUUUAAACUUGUAACAUCUCAGGAUCCAUAUACAGUAUGUGUAGAAUGCGUGCUAUGUUGUUCUAAGGAUGUCUUAUGAUGUUUCUUGUUCCCUCGCCAACCCCCCACAAGUCCAACUAGGAGUUAUGAAACCAUUCCCUAUAUUCAUUCUCCCAUUUAGAGAGGCGCACAAACAGGAUACAUUCUCUGAUAAUCUCAAGAAGCUGUAAUUUGUUUCAGCAAAACUUCCCUUCACAAGAGAAUCACCACUUUUAAAAUCAUGUUCUAAAUUUUUAAAAACAAUGUUGAUAAGUUAUGUCUAUAUUUAUGCAGCACAGUAUCUUAUAAUAAGAUACCAAAUGCAAAUAUGACACCAUUAAUAUUUUCCCCAGUAAGCUUCUAGCAAGCUAUUACCAAUAGAAGUACUCUUGGUGUGAUUUGCCACAAAUGCUAAUGACUUCAAAUUACUCUUUUGACAAUCUAAAAUUGUCAAUGCCUUUCCUCAAGAGGGAAAGUAAAACCUUAGGAACCGAGGUAAGAGACUUUCAUAAAUCUUUUAAAGAAGGAGACACAAGUGCCUUCAAUAACUUCAUUGCCAGGGAUAAGAUUUUGAAAAAUUGAGAUUGCCAAACAAAGGAAAGCUGUUACUAUUAUAGAGGGCUUCAAUAUAUUAUCUAACCUCAAACAUCCUAAUCAGGUAGAUGGGAUAUUAUCAUCUCCAUUUUAUAAGUAUGAAAACCAAAGAUAACAGUUAAAUUAUUUAUCUGAAAUUGUUAGUUACUUCCAUGUCUAAGACCAAAACUUAAGUUUCCUGGUCUAUCGGCCCUUUCUAGUAAACCUAUUACUGAGCACAUACUGUGUGAAGGAGGCAGUUGAAGAUGCCAUUUUAAUGCACAUAACCAUGAAAAUUGACUUUUAGAAUCUAGAUGCCAACUCAAGGAGCUUACCCAAAAAUAGCCCAAGUAUAUUUCAUAGUAUCUCAUGAUUACCAUUUGCUAAUAAGUUAGUCAUCAGAACUAUGAAGAGG